CUCCGUUUGUUUCCUCCUUCUAUGUCAGCUGAGGGCGACAGAGGGAGGUGUGUUUCUCCGAGUACCGAGCAAAGAAUUCCCUCACUCAGUCCACGAUAUCUUGCAUAUUAGAAACUUCGGCGCAGGCGACAAGGCGUUCGUCAUAGAUUCCACGGUGGUGCUUGUAUGAGUGUGGAGAGAGAUUGGACUUCUCCCUCAGAUUGUGACGGUUAUCGGUUCGUUGUUUGCCUCGCGCGAAAACGUAACACACCGAUAGAGAUUUUAAAGUUAGAUCGAGGUUUGUUCUAUGUAAUGAUCUCCUGAAGGAAGAUAACGGAACGACUCUGAGAAAGGAAGAAGCCACUUUAUAUUGAUCUAUUGAUCUCCUAUCCCCGGUGCAUUUUUGCGGUCGUCAUAGAUUCCACCGUGGUGCUUGCAUGAGUGUGGAGAGAGAUUGGACUUCUCCCGCAGAUUGUGACAUCCACCGGUUGUCGGUUGUUUGCCUCGCGCGAAAACGUAACACACCGAUGGAGCUUUUCAAGUUAGAUCGAGGUUUGUCCUAUGUAAUGAUCUCCUGAAGGAAGAUAACGGAACGACUCUGAGAAAGGAGGAAGCCACUUUAUAUUGAUCUAAUGAUCUCUUAUCCCCGGUGCAUUUUUGGUUCCCUGUCAAAGUUGUAAAGGAUCAGCUGGAAUGGAAAUAAUUCGCGUAUGUCUCCUGCCACGUCUGGACCGUUGUAAAAAGUCUCAAGAAAUAAUGAAGUAACCGCUAUGGAGCCGGACAAUGCCCCGUACUCCAAACUCAAAACAGCUGGAGUCGGGGGGAGAGCUCUGAUACUCUGGACUAUUUUCUAUAGUACCUGUUUUCUCGGACUAGCACAAGCACACCCUGAAGAUGUGGACGUUCUACAGCAGCUGGGGCUCACAGGGACAAGGACCGGAGGAGGUGCAUCGUCCGCAGGGGCCCGCUUCGCACCCCAGGGGGUCAUCCCCUUUAAGUCUGGGGUCAUCCUCACCCAGCGGGCCCGGGUCCAGGCCCCCCUGUCGUCCGUCCUACCCCCUGCCUCCUACCCCACCACCAACCUCUCUCUGAUCCUCAGCCUACGCUCCCACCGCAUCAACAGCGCCUUCCUCUUCACCGUCCUGUCCAGGAGAAGGAGACUGCAGCUGGGGGUCCAGUUCAUCCUGGGGAAGGUGCUGGUCUACGUGGGCCAGAGGGACUUGGUCAGUUUUGACUAUGACGUUCACAAUGGCCAGUGGCAUAACCUGGCCCUGGACAUCCGAGGCCAGAGGGUCUCGUUAUAUACUUCUUGUGGGAAGACUAGUGUACAUGCAGAUCUGCAUUCUAAAAAAGAGGAGGCCUUGGAUCCCGAGGGCUCUUUCCUCUUGGGUAAGAUGGCCCAGAACUCGGUGCAGUUCGAGGGCGCCGUUUGCCAGUUUGAUAUUUACCCCUCUGCCAAGGCAGCUCAUAACUAUUGUAAGUACAUUAAGAAACAGUGCAGGGAGGCCGACAACUACAGGCCCGUGAAUCUCCCAUCCCUGCUACCUCUGGUCCCCUCAGACCCAAACCUUACUGUCGCCCUCCUCACCCCGCUAAUGCUGACUGAAAUACCCAGGAAGGCCCCCAGCCCUAAUCUGGCCUUGAUUGGGGACAGAACCAGGACUAAGCUUGUUGUCCCGACUAACCGCCCCACAGAGGCGCCGACCCUCUCUGUGCGUGAGAGUUUUGUGACACCAAAGCCUGGAACUAUGUCCCUGUCUCGUCCUGUGACUGUCGCCCCAACAAUAGCCAGGACGGGAUUAAAGCGCCCCUUAGUGGCCACGACCCAAACUGUUACUGUACCCCUCAGGACCAGCGAAACACAAACAUCCCCAAAACCAACGUCCCGUGGCGACAGUUUAGAUAAAAAGAGCACGGCGGUGGAACCAGGUGUUAAAACCCAGAAACCCACAGGGAGCAGUUUGGCUGCUGCACCACUUCUUUCCACCACCACCAGGCCACCAAAGAAGAAGCCAGACCACCAAACCACGGCAGCAUCCAAACGACUCUCUUCUUCUUCUACUACUACUUCUUCAAAUGCAAACACCUCUGUCUUCUCCGUACAGAGGAAGCAGCUGACCGCUCUGGCUGCACAGAAACCUGAGCCCAGAAUGACCAGCGUGGAGGCUGUCAAACACACCUCGUUUAUCCCUGUCACUCCGCCUGCCACAGAUGGCUUCCAAACCUGGGACCUGGAACCGACCCAGUUCUCAUUGCUGGCUGGGCCGGGACCACCUGGACUAAAGGGAGAACCAGGACCCGCGGGACUUCAAGGACCUCCUGGGAAGCCAGGGACGCCCGGGAAGAGGGGGCCUCGGGGUCCUUCUGGUCCCCAUGGAAACCCUGGUCGCCCCGGACCCCCUGGACUCAAGGGACGGAAAGGAGACCCUGGCCUUUCACCUGGCAGAGCACCAAAAGGAGAGAGAGGAGACCGUGGUGCUUCAGGAUCCCCUGGACUGACUGGUCAAGUUGGUAGAAAGGGACAGAAAGGCCAUCCAGGUCCUGCCGGUCAACCAGGAGAUUCUGGCGAGCGAGGGGCAGACGGAAGCCCAGGGGCCAAAGGUUAUCCUGGCAGGCAGGGUUUACCUGGGCCUGUUGGCAUUAUGGGUCCAAAAGGAGUCCGGGGUUUCAUAGGAAUCCCUGGGGUUUUUGGCCUUCCUGGACCUGAUGGUGAGAGAGGAAUUCCUGGUGUUCAUGGGAAGAAGGGCAAGAUGGGUAGGCCGGGGUUUCCUGGGGACUUUGGCGAGCGGGGACCACCAGGACCAGACGGAAACCCAGGCGAGCUGGGAGCCCCUGGUCCUAACGGAGUUCUCGGCCUCAUUGGAGACAUGGGUCCUCUAGGGAUGAUGGGUUUGCCAGGACCAUGUGGACUUAAGGGGGUACCCGGAAACCCAGGAGAACCAGGACUGAAAGGUGAUAAGGGUGACGUUGGACUUCCAGGGGAGCAAGGAGAGAAUGGAUUCCAAGGUGACAAGGGUAUCCAGGGUUCACCAGGGUUGCCAGGCAUUCGAGGGAAACCAGGGCCACAGGGGGUGACAGGUGAGCCGGGUCCUGAUGGUAUACCUGGCCCUCCGGGCCAAGAGGGUUUCCCAGGAGACAUCGGCCCACCAGGUCACAACGGCCCAGAGGGCCCAAAGGGGAAGCCAGGAAACAGAGGUUUACCAGGGCCCAGAGGAACAGCCAGACUAGAGGGCGAUGAGGGGCCACUGGGACCACCUGGACCUACAGGACCGGAGGGCAGACCUGGAAGGCAGGGAUUCCCGGGGAAAACAGGUCCCGAAGGAUUAAAGGGCGAGACUGGAAUAACUGGAGAGGUCGGAAAGCUUGGCGAGAGGGGGCUGGUGGGUUUCAUUGGUCCUAUUGGGGAGCCUGGUCUCGCAGGAGAAAAGGGGGACCGUGGGGAGAUGGGCUUGCCUGGACCGCCAGGGGAAAAGGGGGCGAUGGGUCAUCCUGGAACUCCUGGAGAGUGUGGCUCAUCAGGACCUCUAGGGAUACCAGGUCCGGCCGGUUCGAGGGGUCUCGGUGGGAUCAGAGGACCCAAAGGCAGGAGGGGUCCAAGGGGUCCCGACGGUCCAGCUGGGGAGAAGGGGUCAGUUGGAGGAAAGGGUCCCGAUGGUCCACCAGGAAAACUAGGCUUCUCAGGGGAGAUGGGAAAGAUUGGGGAGCCUGGGGAAGCUGGGCCUAAAGGAUUUCCAGGUCGCAAAGGACCCUCAGGAGCUCCAGGUGCCAAAGGAAUAGCAGGAGAGCCGGGACUUACUGGGCCACCAGGAACUAUGGGUCCACUGGGAGAGAUGGGACUGAAGGGUCCAACUGGAAAGAUUGGGGAGUGGGGACUACCAGGCGAACCAGGAGAGAAGGGUGCCCUCGGACCAGCAGGAAACCUCGGAGAGCAGGGCCUUAUCGGACAGAGGGUACUUUGGCCUUAUUCACUUGUACUGAAACCCCAUCUCCUUCAGGGUGAGAUGGGGAUGGAUGGGGACGCCGGACAGAGUGGUCCUGAUGGACUCAAGGGUGAGAAGGGUGACAUGGGACCGGAAGGGGGUAAAGGAGAGAGGGGUGAAAUCGGACUGAAAGGAAAGGAAGGGUCUCCCGGACCUCCUGGCUUAGUGGGAGUGAGGGGUCAGGAGGGCAAACCUGGCAAGUUUGGUGAAAGAGGAAAACCAGGAGAGAAGGGCAGCAAGGGUCACAUGGGUCACCUGGGAGAGACUGGGCCAAUCGGUGAACAAGGAGAAGCGGGAUUUGUUGGGCCGAAGGGAUCGAGAGGAACCAUUGGACCAGUGGGUGCACCAGGGAGAAUGGGCCAGCAAGGUGAAACAGGCAUCACAGGAUACGAGGGCCACACAGGACGGCAGGGCCCACUGGGACCUCCUGGACCAAAAGGUGAAAAGGGUGAACAGGGGGAGGACAGUAAGGUGGAAGGCCCUCCCGGUCCACAAGGUGACAGAGGUCCUACCGGAGACAGGGGAGACAGAGGAGAAUCAGGGGACCCAGGAUACCUAGGCCAGCCAGGGGUGGAUGGAUUGAGGGGCAAAGCCGGAGCAACUGGACUGCCUGGACAUCCUGGACCAAGGGGAAUAGAGGGUCUGAAAGGGUCCAAAGGUGAUCAAGGUCAGAAAGGCAAACGGGGGAAACAAGGCGAGUCUGGGACCAAAGGACCACCGGGUCCCGAGGGUCCACCUGGCCCAAAGGGAGUGGUGGGAAGAGAGGGCCUUGAGGGCCAACCUGGAAUGGACGGGCCUCCUGGGAAAGAUGGUGACAAAGGAGUGAAGGGGGAGCAAGGGGAUGAUGGAGAGUUAGGUAUCAUUGGCAAAGCUGGUAACAGCGGUAAAAUGGGCGUGCCAGGGCUUCCAGGCGAUCAGGGCUCCUUCGGACCCAAGGGUGAGAGGGGUCUCUCCGGCCAAACUGGACCUUCAGGGAAAAGAGGCCACAUUGGCGGAAUGGGAAUUCCAGGAAAACAGGGUGACCAGGGGAACAAAGGACAGCCCGGUGACACAGGUGAAUCAGGGUACCCAGGGGUUCUCGGGAUGUUUGGACCAAAGGGACCUCCAGGAGAUCUGGGCCCAGCCGGCAUACAGGGACCAAAAGGGCCACAUGGUUUGAUGGGUAAUGUUGGUGCCACAGGCCCAGUCGGUAUCAUCGGCCCCAGUGGUAAUACAGGUCCCCAAGGUGACAAAGGAAAUCGAGGGGAUACGGGGGUGCAAGGACCAAGGGGCCCUCCUGGUCCUCCUGGUCCACCCGGACCCCCAGGUCUUCCUGGUUCUAUGCCAUUCAGAAGGGAGGCUAUUGGUGCUGCUUUUCAGCUCAUUAUUGAUUCCCAUGCUGCACUGAGGUCAGAGAGUCACCAUGACAUGGACCUGCCCAUGUUGGACCACCAGGGUACAGAGAUAUUCAAGACCCUCCACUACCUCAGCACCUUGAUCCAGAGCCUGAAGAACCCAUUAGGAACCCAUGACAACCCCGCGCGCAUCUGCAGAGACCUCAAGGACUGUGAACAGAGGAUGAACGACGGCACUUACUGGAUCGACCCAAACCUCGGCUGCUCUGCCGACUCCAUCGAGGUGACGUGUAACUUCACCAGCGGCGGCCAGACCUGUCUGAAACCCAUCACAGUAUCCAAGCUGGAGAUAGGGGUGGGUCGUAUCCAGAUGAACUUCCUCCACCUCCUGAGCUCUGAGGCGGUGCAGCACGUUACCAUCCACUGCCUGAACGUCCCUGUGUGGGCCAACAGCUCCUCCCUGGAGCCCUCCCCCACCGCCGUGCACUUCAAGGCCUGGAGCGGAGGAGACAUGAUCCAGGCUGGAGGACUAAAGCCCUACAUAGUGAAGGACGACUGCUGGAUUCAAGAUGGCCGCUGGCACCAGACCCAUUUCGUCUUCCAGACCCAGGACCCCAACUUACUCCCCAUCCUGGAUGUGUAUAACCUACCGGCCACAGAGCCUGGCUCACACUACCACCUAGAGGUGGGCCCUGUGUGCUUCUUAUAGAGGCCUGUUGUUAUAGAGGCCUGUUCUUAUAGAGGCCCAGGAUACAGUACAUACACAGCCUCCUCAUAGGAGUGACUUGCGGGGGGAUGGGGAAGGUUAGGGGGUCUCCCUGUCUCCAUAUAUUGGGGCCCUUCAGGAGAGGCAGGCCCUUAACCCUCCAGCAUAUGCUCGGACUGCAGAAACAGGCAGGGGGUGCCAUUGAGGGACGGACCAGGAGAAACUGCAGAGAUACUGGGACGUCUCGCACUAUAGUUCCUACCGUCUGCCUGAGGAGAAGAUAUUAAGCUUUGGCUUCUUUCAGGGACUUGUUUUACUGUCGCACAGCACGAGCCCUAGAUGCCCGAGUGAGAUAAACAUAAUAUGACAGUCUCUGACAUCACUCUUGGAAAACAUUUUUAACUUAUUACUUUCUAUGGUCACAAACUCUCAACAUGUUAUGAAAUGUGUAAAGUAAUAGGGAACAAUUAUAAAUGCAUUUGCAUAUUAUGAAUGCAUUACUUAUCUUUUUAAAUGUUAUACAUACACAUGUAUUAUUUAUACAUGUUAUAUGUAUAUCUUAACAUAAAAGUGCAAUAAACAUAUCUCGUCCUGCAGUUUUUCAAAGCAAUUAAGGUUUACAGUGAGACCAAACCAUUGGAUAUAAUUUUAUAACAUUCAGGUGUAGGCCUAGUUUCCAGCAUACAUCCACAGGUGUCCAGCUAUUUUCUCCUGCCUAGUCUGUAGAUGACAGAUUAAUCUACUUGUAGUGGUGAUUAGGUGCUGAAGAAAUGCCCACCGGUCUACGAAUAACUAUUGCGCUCACACACAAACAUUCCUGAUGUGUGUUUCCAUAGUCAAAUUAAUUGAAGCUUGCGGUAAGAGAGUGAAUCCAGAAGAGUGUCAGAAGAGUCGGUCUACCUCCCAUCUCUCAACUAGCUGUGGUUCAACUAAAAGAGAACCAGAGAUGACACCUGAUACCUGGUGCUAUAAUAAUUCCUGUGGUCGGUUAUGAGGCUGUCUUGUUUAAUCCUGGCAGAACAUAAUCAACCUUUUGUACAGCAAAGGGAAUAUUUUUUUAUACAGUAUGAAUGCAAAGAAGAAGGAAAAAUGAUCUAAUUCUCUUUUCAAGCUAGCAAAACAGCAUUUCUUUCCCUGCAUCGUUAUGUUAUUGUACUCCCCUUUGUAUGAGUCUGAAGCUAUUAUUGAAAGAUUUAGGUAUUAUUUUUGACUUGUUGAAAUGUAUAAAUAUGUAUAAUUAUGCAAAGCUUUGUUGUAUACAGUGGAUCCCAACAUGCUAAUUUAUGUUAUUUAAUGUCCAUGGUUUUUGCAACUUUCUGUAAACUUUAAGCCAGACACCCAUCAUCAGUAGAGCAUUUUCCAUUUUGUAUAAAUUUGGGGCUUCAUCAAUUUUGUUUUAUAGGUUGUUUUUUUAAAUAAUCAUAACUGUACUGUAACCAUUUUUCAAUGCUUUUACGCCUUACUGUUUUACUUUAUUGUUGACCAUGUUCGUGAAAUCUCUGUACAGGCAGUCAGCUCAACCAACCAAUCCAUAAGCUCAGAAUACCUCUCAUAUCACACAGCUUAAACAGCCCUCCAUCAUGUUCUUACAUUAUUAUAACCAUAACACAUCCAAAAGAGUCAUCUGACAUCUUUGUUUAGGACCAGGAACAGAUAUUAGUUGUCGUCAUGUACUUCAUUCAUUCAUUCAUUCAUUCAUCUCUGCAGGUCCUUCCUCAGCAUCAUAAUAAAACAGCUUCUAGUUUUCAACACUUUCAUUUUCUUCAACAUUCAGGUGUUCAAUAAAUAUUUGAAACCCAAGUA